UUGUCGCUCGAUGUACUGUACGAGAUUUUUGGACAUCUGUGCCCUAUCGACUUGCUACAUCUAUCACGCGUCUCUCAAUCCUUCCGCCAAGUCCUCAUGUCCCGCUCUUCAGCUUGGCUUUGGAGGUCGACUUUUAGCAAUCUCAAUGGGCCACCUACCCCACCGCGGCCCGAAGGGAUGUCAGAGCCUGCCUGGACGCACUUGCUGUUUGGCGACCCUUUUUGCGAUAUCUGUGACCGGCGAACUCCCAUGAAACCUGACUGGGUAUUGCGGCGCCGAACGUGCAAGGCCUGCUCAAAGGAAACCGUCACGGCAUUGAUUCCACCGACAUCGAUCGGUUUCACAGCUUUCCUCCAAUUGGUUCAGACCCUACGGAGAGCACAACUAUGGGAUAUGGACGUAAUGCCUGAUUAUAUUUCCCCAUACUUCCUCGAGGACGACUGCGAGGAUCUUGUGGAUGAAGUAGAGGCCAUAGUUGCUAGCACCAAACCGGAGGAUUUGGACGCGAAACUCGAAGAGGUCCGUGCGGCAAAGGCACAGGCUCUCGACAAGUUGAUGGAUCAUGCGAGACUGUGUUCCAAAUGGGCAGCAAGUAUGGAGGUAGAACGUCUCAAGGAGAUCAAGGCACGGAAGCUGGCUCGCUCUAAUGACAUUACGGAGCGGUUCGUAGCUCUAGGGUACACCAAAUCAGAUACAUACAAGAUCCGGGGCCAUAAAGAGGUCUUCAAUGACAAAGCGCUCACUGACAGGAUCUGGACACGCAUCAGACCGAUCCUCGAGCCCGAGGUGGCAUUCGCGAAGGCAAAGCGUCUCGAGCAGGAGCGCAAGUUCCGACUCGUGGAACGUCGCAAGAUCUGCAAAACAGAAUAUCAGAAGCUCCUCCUCUCUCAGCCGCCUAUGAACAUCGUCUUUUAUCCGAAACACUACGAGCUCGCAGAGUUCCCAGCAGUUGCAGCACUUAACGCUGUAGACGUCGAUGUUCACUUGGACGACGGGUUCCCAGCUAGAGCGAGGACAGCCAUCCUAAGCCUGAUGCCCGCUGCCAUCGACGAAUGGAUCAACAAACGCAAGGCCAAGGUCCUUUCGACUCUUGCUUCUCCUCCAGCGCCUGGCUGUGGAAUAUUCGACAUGCCCGCCGAACUCGAACUCGCGAAGAACGUUUUCGUCGCCGAUGAGGACCCAGAAGUACCUCUCUACGCCCAGGGGAUCUUCUGCUACCGUUACAAGGAUGAGGAUCGAUCUCCAAAGAACUCGAUGCACACGUGGAACAUCCCAAAGCUCAGUGGGUCUGCUCAGAGUGCUAUUUUCCACCUCUUGGAUCUAUGCGGACUGGAUCGUGAUACCACAACCACGAAAGAGCUUGACGCCCUUCACCCACUAUUCGUCUGUGAGAACUGCACAGUCAAGGGUGAAGCGAUGGUUUUCGCGAACCCAAGAAGGGUGGGGAAGUAUGUGCAUACAUGGAUAGAGGCUUUGGGCCACCAGACGAGGGCGCCCAGUGUACCUUCAUGGGCCAAGACACAUGGUGUCUGCCGGUUCAAACUACUUUCGGACGAAGAUCGACACGCCGCCUCUGAACUAGGUCAUCGGGGAACCCUCACGCACUCGAAUUGGGGGUGCUGUUACUGCACAGCACACUUCAAGAAGGCGAUGGACAGUUCAUGGGAGUGGGGAAGCUGGUUCACUCGUUCGCAGAUCGUCGAACAUCUCAAAACUGCCCACGAUACAGGCGAACGCGAGUCAGUGGAGGGGACUGAUUUCUACUACAACCCAUGGCAUGAAAGGCACGAGGACGGUCAUCUUUUCCUUGAUAUGGAACGAGAAGGCGAGAACGAAGGGACCUGGGAAGCUGUGGAAAGGUUGGCUGUGGAUAUUUGACGGAACGAAAGCUAGCUCUACACGUUUUGUUUCUGACCAUCUCCUUUACUAACGUACAAUAUUCUGUUCGUAAUCUAAGGGCUAUUCCUUUGCAUGUCUCUAUCGGCCAACAC